GGACGCGCGCAGGCGCGGGUGUCGCCGGGAGAGAGUGCGCGGCCCAGUCCCUUUGUUGCGGUAGCGCUGCCGGGGGGAGUGCGGAGCGGAGCCUGAGGCAGGGACACCCACCCACCCACCCCCUCCCCUCCCUCCUCCACACGCCGGCAGCUCACACCCGGCACCCGCGCAGCCAUGGACUCGGAUGAGGGCUACAUGUAUGAUGAGGACGAGUACAGCGAGGAAAGCGAGCCUGAGGACAACUUCGAGAUCGGCGAGGUGGAGAUGCAGGAACCCGGCCUGGAGCCCGGGCAGGACGGCGAUGGGGUUGGCGGCGGAGUCGGCGGCCUUGGAGGCCUGGGCGGGUUGGGAGGCCUGGGCGCCGAGCAGGAGGAAGAGGAUUACCGCUACGAGGUGCUGAGCGCCGAGCAGAUUGUCCAGCAUAUGGUGGAGUGUAUUCGGGAGGUCAACGAGGUCAUCGAGAAUCCAGCUACUAUCACAAGGAUACUUCUCAGUCACUUCAACUGGGAUAAAGAGAAGCUAAUGGAAAGAUAUUUCGACGGGAACCUGGAGAAGCUUUUUGCGGAGUGUCACGUAGUUAAUCCUUAUAAAAAAUCUCGAACACGGCAGAUGAACACAAGAUCAUCAUCACAGGACAUGGUUUGUGCAAUCUGCUACCUGAAUUAUCCUAAUUCGAAAGAAGAACAUGGGGGGUCUGGAAGCACCACUAGGAUCUCUCACUCAGUAUCAGAUGGCCAGUAUUUCACAGGCUUGGAGUGUGGACACAAAUUCUGUAUGCAGUGCUGGAAUGAAUACUUAACUACAAAGAUCAUAGAGGAAGGUAUGGGGCAGACUAUAUCGUGCCCAGCUCAUGGCUGCGAUAUCCUAGUUGAUGACAACACAGUUAUGCGUUUGAUCACAGAUUCCAAAGUCAAGUUGAAGUACCAACAUUUAAUAACUAACAGUUUUGUAGAGUGCAAUCGACUGUUAAAAUGGUGUCCUGCCCCUGACUGUCACCACGUUAUUAAAGUUCAGUAUCCUGAUGCAAAGCCAGUUCGCUGUAAAUGUGGGCGGCAGUUCUGCUUCAACUGUGCUGAGAAUUGGCAUGAUCCUGUUAAAUGCAAGUGGUUGAAGAAAUGGAUUAAAAAGUGUGACGAUGACAGUGAAACUUCCAAUUGGAUUGCAGCAAAUACCAAGGAAUGCCCAAAAUGUCAUGUGACCAUUGAAAAGGAUGGUGGAUGUAAUCACAUGGUUUGUCGCAAUCAGAAUUGUAAAGCAGAAUUCUGCUGGGUCUGCCUCGGUCCUUGGGAGCCUCACGGAUCCGCCUGGUAUAACUGCAAUCGCUAUAAUGAAGAUGAUGCAAAGGCAGCAAGGGAUGCCCAGGAGCGCUCGCGAGCAGCUCUCCAGCGAUACCUCUUCUACUGCAACCGCUACAUGAAUCACAUGCAGAGCCUGCGGUUCGAGCACAAGCUCUACGCUCAAGUCAAGCAGAAGAUGGAAGAAAUGCAGCAGCACAACAUGUCUUGGAUUGAGGUGCAAUUCCUGAAAAAAGCUGUGGAUGUCCUCUGUCAGUGUCGUGCCACACUAAUGUACACUUACGUCUUUGCUUUCUACCUCAGAAAGAACAACCAGUCCAUUAUCUUUGAGAACAAUCAGGCAGACUUGGAGAAUGCAACAGAAGUGCUGUCUGGCUAUCUGGAGAGGGACAUAUCCCAGGAUUCCUUACAGGACAUCAAGCAAAAAGUACAAGACAAGUACAGAUACUGUGAGAGCCGGAGGAAGGUGUUGCUACAGCACGUGCAUGAAGGCUAUGAGAAAGAUCUUUGGGAGUAUAUCGAGGACUGAGGCUCGUCUUACAAUGAACUGUCAACCCGUUAGCAACAGAGUGCUGAUGCAAAUAAAGUGGGCAGCACAGGCCCUUGCAGACACUGCUGGAGUUCUACCCUACUUUUUGUUAAUGGAAAGUUUAAGUAAAUUAUAUUGUAAUAAAAAAGUAGAUAAAACCACAAUGUACAACAGUAUUGUAAGUGGAUGAAGGGUGUGACACACUAAAAGCCCUCCAGCUUUAAUCUGUAAUGUAGCUACAUUCUGAGAGCUGAACCAUUUUCUGUUUUCUUUCAUUUAUUCAUUCUCUGUGUGUAGUAAUUGAACUGAAACUGUUUUGACCUGGCUUCUCUUUUCCAGCCAGACGUUAAUGUAUGUAGGUUCCCUGUUUGUGAAUGUUGAUUGGCUAAUGUAAGGCAGCGCUCUGGGGUUACCUUUGUAUAUGACUUUUAAAAGGAGGACACAGUAUUUUUCAAAUUGUAUAUAGCGCAUAUGCAUGGUUGAGCGAGAGCAAGUGUGGCACGUGUUUGCAUAAUGUUUAAUUACAAAAAAAUAUUUAUUCUUUAAAAACCUUCAAGAAUAUGUAUAUUUGCUGUGCAGUUUCUUUAGGUUUGCUAACCUUUGACCUCAGCGCUGUUAGUGGAAUGUGGAUUGAAUUUUCUGCUCUUUGUCCUUCCCCUUUUAAAAUGAAAAGCAAGUUUUUACCUUGUAAUUUUCCAUAGUACUAGCUGUACACUCAAGCUGAGUCCUGGUACUUGGGUCUCCCCUUUUCAAAUUGCUUUUCUACCCUGCUACAGCUGACGACGGUCACCUCCAGCUUCAGCAGAAGCCCUCAGUACUUUCUAUGUUCUCUGUUGCUGUAUAAAAAUAAAAAAAAUACCCGUAAAAUUGUACAGAUCUCGUCAGACAGUAGGAGUGGUCUAGACUGUAAUAUUUGGCAGAGAACAGUGUCUAGCCUGUGUCUUUCAACACGCUACCACCACCCUGGGUGAUAAUGGCUGCUCUCCUCGCUGUGUGUUGCUACUCCAGUGUACAGUGGUUAGGACUGAAGGAUCAUUGCUUGGCGGACAGCUAUGUUCCCAAAAUGGCAAUCAAACCUAAGAUACACAAUGAGUAGUUCUAUUCUGCUCUAAGAGACUUGUCUGAGAUUAAGAUCUAGCCUUGGAUUCCUUAACCCUAUACUCGAUGCUGUGGAACUUUGUUUUUGUUUCUCGUUAUGUUGCACUGGGACAAUGUGUUGUCAAACUCUCAAACAAUGAAAGAUUUGUAAUGGAUGAGUCCAUGACAAACGUACGCCGUUGUAAAGCUUGAAUACUGCAAAGCAUUUACUGACGAUAAAGGUUUAAU